AUGCCAUUGACGCCCAAGAUCCCUCGCCAUCCCCUUCCUCAACCAUCUCCACCACUUCUCCUCUCCGCAAAGGCCCCUAAAGCUCAGCGCACCAACAGCCACCAUGGGUGCCUGGAAUGCCGAGUCAAGCGUGUCAAAUGUGAUGAGGCCUUUCCCGUGUGUCGCCGGUGCCAACGUCGUGGCUCCGUCUGUAUGGCCAGUACCCGCCCAGCGCAAUGGCAGAUCGAAAUGCCCUGGCUAUCCAACAUGACUGUUUUCGAUUCGUGGCCUGGUGAUGGUCUUCCUAAUAAGAGCCCUACCCCUUCUGCCAUACUUGGGCACGGGCUGGUAGAUUCCAAAUUUGAUGACAAGAUUGAGCAAAGACUUCUAGUAUGGUCAUCGAACCGCGGGGGCAAGCAUAUCCAGAACCUCAGCAAUGCCUAUCGGAACCAUGGGUUGCUGAUGCUAUACCAAACGCGCCGCCAAACACAUCUCCAAUCAGAAAAGCUCAUGCCACUUUCACCGCCGACUGCUCAAAGUGAGCAUGAAUCCAAUCAGAAACAAAGGGAGUGGCUACCGAAUAUCUUAUUUCUUGCUCUAGAAGCGAUAGAAAACCUGCUAGAGAUCCCACUCACCAAGCCUUGCGCCAACUUCCAGUCUCUACCUCUGCUCAGUGCUGCAGCUGAGCUCACUUCCAAUGAGAACGAUUGGAGGAGUAAAUCCAUCUCGCAGUUCAGGAUGCUGUACUCCAUCAAUCGGGUUCCAGUUCAAGUUUGGUCCAUUCAGCUACUACAAGAGAUCUGGGCCUUGAAAGAUAGUGGUGGAAGCGUGUCUUGGUUGGAAUUAAGUCUUGCAAAAGGUUGGAAGCUGCGCUUUUCUUAG